CCGGGCGGCGGGGGUGGCCGUUUAAAGUGGCGCUCGCGGCGCGAGGGGGAUGGCGGAGCUGUCGGACUACCCGCCCUUCCAGCUGGGGAAGCCCCGCUUCGAGCAGACUUCGUUUUAUGGACGAUUCCGGCAUUUCUUGGAUAUCAUUGACCCACGCACUCUCUUCGUGUCUGAGAGCCGUCUCAAAGAAGCAGUGCAGUUGCUGGAGGAUUAUAAACAUGGGACCUUACCCCCAGGAGUCACCAACAAAGAGCUGUGGGGAGCUCAAAAAAUAAAGCAGGCCAUCAUACAUCCUGAUACAAAUGAGACUAUCUUCAUGCCUUUCAGAAUGUCAGGUUACAUUCCUUUUGGAACACCCAUCGUUGUUGGUCUUCUCUUGCCAAACCAGACGCUGGCAUCCACUGUUUUUUGGCAGUGGUUGAACCAGAGCCACAACGCAUGUGUCAACUAUGCAAACCGAAAUGCAACAAAGCCUUCUCCGACAUCCAAGUUCAUCCAGGGCUACUUGGGAGCUGUCAUAAGUGCUGUCUCAAUAGCCGUGGGCCUUAAUGUUCUGGUUCAGAGAGCGAACAAGUUUACCCCAGCCACCCGUCUCUUGAUCCAGAGGUUUGUGCCAUUCCCUGCUGUAGCUAGUGCCAAUAUCUGCAACGUAGUCCUGAUGAGGCACACAGAGCUGGAAGAGGGGAUUGAUGUCCUGGACAAUAAUGGAAACAUCGUUGGAUCUUCCAGAAUUGCUGCCAAACACGCACUGUUAGAGACAGCCUUGACUAGAGUGGUCCUGCCAAUGCCUAUACUGGUUCUACCUCCAAUUAUUAUGUCCAUCCUGGAAAAGACGUCUCUCCUGCGAUCCCGUCCCCGGAUGAUCCUCCCAGUGCAAAGCCUUGUGUGCCUCGCUGCCUUUGGCCUGGCUCUCCCCUUGGCCAUCAGUCUCUUUCCACAGAUGUCUGAGAUUGAGACAUCACGACUCGAGCCAGAAAUCGCAAUGGCCACUACCAGUAAGACUGUUGUCUACAAUAAAGGAUUGUAAGUGGCAGUGGAUCCUCUCUGCAUGGAAGAUUUGGGGAGGGGAAGGGAAAAACUCGCAAUUACUAUUGGGGAGGGGAAAAAAGAAAAAAACAAACAGCAAACAAUAGAACUCAGAGAUAGUAACAUAUUACCACCCUCGAGAACGGGGAGUACAUUAACACUUUCAGAGAACUGACACCUCGCAUCGGUCGAAAAGAUUAAUAUUAAAAGUUUUAAAUUAGCAGCAGGAACAAAAAAAAAAAAAUGACAUUCAAACACAUUAGAGAACUAGCUGACAAAUAACGUUCUGAAUUUACAGCGCUGCGUGGAAGGAAGUUUAAUGAUACAUGUGUGCGGUUAUGCCUAACUCUGCGUGAAGGUAGACUACACAAGGCAGUUUUGGUUUUAAUAAGAAUUAAAUCUCCACACUGUUGGAUGCUGCACAGACAUAAUUCCAUAGAAAUCGAUCGGUGCAUGAAUUAGUGCUAGAUAGGGUGUCUGAUGAGGGUACGGUAUUGAUUAAAUGUCAGUCUUGCACCAAGAAUCAUAAAGAACGGGGAAAAAAACAAUUCUCCACGUUUAGAUUGUAACACUUGGAUUUUAAUCAAAUAGUGCAAUGAAGGUCAGAGCCUGUGUCCCCUCCCUCCCUCCCCUGCAAACAACUAGAGUGAUUUUUUUGCCAUUUCAUAGACUUGCAAGAAAUUCUGUGUGAGCCGAAGACAUUGGUACAGUCACAGUGUCUUCCCCAAGAUAGAAAGAUAAGGGACAAUUGCCCAGUUGCAAAGCACCGGGCAGGAAAGAAAUCCUCUAGUGUAAAGAAAACAGAUCCAUUCUUUUAACUUUGCACAGAUCUAUAAUUAACCAACUUCUGUUCUCAUUUACAUUGACAAACACCAAGAGUAACUUUCUGUUGGCUGCAGUGAAGUCAUGCUGUUAGAAGAACUGAGAGCAGAAUACAACCUCGUAAUGAAGGGCCCGAUCUGGUAUAAACGGUCAGAGCCCCGUUGGUUUUAUUGGAAUUCUGCUGAUUUACAUUGUCUGAGGGUCUGAGUCAUAAAGUCAACCCCAUCCUAAUCCCUUUUAUACCAGAGUAACUGCAGCCAAAGGAUGCAGAUUUCUGAAUGAGGUUAUGUCGAUUAGAAUUUGUCUUGCUUUUGCAUUUUAUCACUGCAGAAGAUGAAAAUUAAAAAGAUCUUGAUCAGAAGCCAGAUGCGAUGGCGAGGGGCACAAUCCAAGUGCAUGUAUUAUACUAAUCUGUUGGGAUUUGGGGUUCUUUGGGGGGUGGUGGUGGGUUGUGCAAGGGAAAUCCAAUUGCCACUGAUGUAGAAUGUAUAUAAAUGGCAAUAUAUGAAAGUGAGAGACCUAAAUCAUCAGUGUGUUACUUCCAUUUUGUUGUUUGUCUAACUCCUCUCUGGAGUCACAUCAGUGUGCAAUGGGAGUUACUCAGUCGUGGGUCAAACCCCAGGGGCUGAUCCUGCUCCCGUGCUGGGGGUAAAAUCAGGGGUAACCACACUGGAAUCAGUGGAGUUACACAAAAUAAAAACCACUCACAGUGGGAAGAGACUCUGUCUCACAGCAUUUUGUCCAUCCCUAGGGUGGUGAGUAUGCGAGGUCAUGCUCUCUGUUGUGCUAGUGUAAAUCCAGAAUCAUUUCACUCCAAUUGAUGAAAUCAUCCUGGACGUACAGCCUGGUAACAGCAGAAUGAGACGGCCUCAGUUUCUUCUAAUGCACUAGAUGAUAUGAAUGUACACCUCACACCAAGUGAGGUAGCCCACGUCUGCUGAGUAACAACCAGGUAUAAGUCAUUUAGGGAGAAGAGAGACUGGAAGAGUUGUGUUCUGCCAAAGCAGAGGUUUACAAUGAAUAGUGAGGAUAGGCGUACAGUGGUGCUAAGAAUGGUUGGUGGAGCCGACGUGAUGAAGCACAUUCCUCCAGGGCACGGGUUUCAAAUGGACACAUCGGGCCUGUUUCUCCACUUACACUGUUGUAUGUGCCAUUGUGACUGUCCUGAUAAACCUGGGAGAGAAGCAGCUAGAGCCCAGCGCUGUGACGGUGGUGUGCACCUCGUGUGAGUGCAUGCAGAAGCAUCCCACUGAAUUAUACACAAGACACGCUGGGCUCGGUCUUCAGCUGGGGCACGGUGGUGUAGUGCUCUUGGAUCUCUGCUGAUUUAGCCCCUCUGCUUUAGCCCGAUUUGUGCACUCUCACACUUUGUGUCAUCAUUCACACCAGCGCCCAUGCAGGUCAGUCAGAGACUUUCUAUUGACUUCUUCAGGCUUAGAGUCAGACCUAAGGCAAGUGCCCAGUUCCUACCAGUUUGGCUUGCUUGCCGUCAACACCCACACUGGUCCGGCAUCUAAGAUGACACGGGAUGAUGCAGCCCAGAAUCAAGCCCACUGAUCCCGACCAGCGUGUAACUGGAUCACAGCGGCAAUGAAAGAGAAUAUAGCCAGGCUUGCCUCUCUAGCUGAACGAGACAGAGAGAGGGCCAGUUUCUGUUAACUGAUCGGGUGCCGAAGUGUGAUUGUGUUCCACCUCGUUCAAGUCCUGAACAUCCAUUCAUGCAUCUACUUUUGGAACACGCUGUCAUCUGGCACUUAAGAUUCAUUCACAAAAAAGCAGUGCGGAGGAGGAGGAGGGCGCACCCAGCUUUUGUGUUAACUGUACUCAAGCAGGAUGGAAGAGUCACAGUUAAGUGCCUAAGUACUUUACAUAGCUAACAGGUGGAAUAGAGUCCGGCCCAGGAUGUGCAAAGAGGGGAACACAAAAACCCAAGUUGCUGGUGAGCGAUGCAAACAGAGCUUUGCACUGAUGCAGAUCACCGCAUUAGCACAGCAGAAAAUGGGACUUUUCAUUGCUGUAUUGAUCAGACUCGAGACAAACCCGGUUCCCAGGACUGGCGGACACUAGUGCGUGCGUGCGUGCGCAAAUCGUGGAGAAAAACCAUGUGCCGAAUAAACGAAACAGCUAAACUGAGCCUCAAGUUAAUCUGAAUUUCCUGAUGAUCCUAAGGAAUGUGAAGCCAUGUUGCGUCUUACUGUAGAGAGGGCAACCUGCCUUCUUCAUUGUUCUGAACUGAAGUGAAAGUCGUGGAAAAAAUCAGCCUCUCGUGUUAGCAGUGAGAACUGUCCUGGUUGUGUUUUCUGUCAGCGCUGAUCAUUUUCUGUGCCACAGGGUUUUGUCACCGUUUGAACCAUUCUGCUGAAAUCCUGCCAAGAUCGCUUGUAGGAGGGGUUAACUGAGUCAUCUGAGGCUGGGGAGGGGAUGGAAACGAAUACCUCUCUUUGCAGUGAUACUGCUGGGGGGAGGUGGGGAUGAUUUGUUUUUACAUCAUAAUUACUGAUCAAAGAUUCCAGUAGUUGUGAACUCGAGCUACCUGCGGGGCUGCAGAUGGCGUGAGUAAUGCUCAACAUGCACAGCUAAUUGCAAUGCACGGUAGAAAAAUAUUCAAGGAUUUGCUCACUGCAUUUUUUGUAGGGAGAGAUACCUGAGGAAAGAAAGACGAAAACCCAGCAAGUGUUGCAUAUGUUAAAAGUCAAACUUUGUUUAUGUUUCAUGAAGGAGGCAGCAGGCUUCAGUUCAGUGCUUCACAGGUACUUAAUAGAGGCAUUGCUGAGGAUUGCAAUGUUUUAAAGGAAAAUAGAACUGGACCUUCAUCCUACAUUUCAACCAGAGGGCCAAUGCUGGUUUCCCACUAGUGUAAGGAAUAGAUCUGUUGAUGUCAAAGGAGUUACGCUGCCUGUCUGGCAUGAAGGGGGAUCAAAAUCCAGUGCCAAGCCAGAAGAGUGACAGCAGAAGGGUCAAGAGGGAUGUUCCAGAUUGAUUUUCCUCCACUGAAUCAGAGCAGGGGGUUGGACUCGACGAUCUAAUAGGUCCCUUCCAACCCUAGAAAUCUAUGAAAUCUAUGAAUCCCUAUCAAAUGUGCUCAGUUUGCGUGUAAGAAAGUGGGGUCCACACCGGUGCCAGCGAGGCCGUGCUGAUUUACGGCCACGGGAGAGAUGACUUGCCCUUGUUCUACCCCUGAUUUCUGCAAAUGCAGCUUAGGGUCUAAAAGGCCAACCUGUUCUUCUCUGCCACAGGUUACGUCACUGCAGUGAGUCAGGACCUGCUGAAUUCUUGUCAGCGAGAUGUGCCAAGCUUAUUCUCCCUUAAUUACAGUGCUAACAGGAGUAAUCAGGCAGACAGCGGGCAUGUCUACACAAGGCGCUGACCGUGGAGUUAUCUAAUUAGCUGUGCAGUAAACAUCUCAGCGUCUACAUGUGCAGCCCUAUUAGGCAGCAGUAAACUAAUACCGCCGUAGGAUAGUGCUUGUAAAUAAGUCCUAGUGCGCAGCAACACGUGUAGACGCUGAUGGGGCUGGCUGGGGCAUGAGGAUGCUUCAGUGUGGGGGCUAGCCCUGCACCGGAGCAUCCUUGUGCCCCAACCAGUUCCUCUGCAGCACACUGAGCCAGGUCUGGGCAGCCCCGGGGCGGCAGGCUGACCCCCCAGACCUCCUGCCGGUCAAGGCUGCUGCGACCCAGCUCAACGUGCUGCGGUUCUGGGCACAGGUUCAAACAGCUGCCUGGGAGCAGUAAAUUCCAGCGCGAUAUGCACUGGAGUUUCUUGCUUCAAAUUAAAUGCACGUGUAGACGCACCCAGUGACCCUUUAACGCCGAUUAAGUACUAGCAAUGAUCUCUCUUUCCUAAACCUUAUUAAAAUAAAACGCAGACAUUUCUUAUGUUGUGCUUAACUCAGGAACUUAAACCAGAGAGGAACUGAGCAUCUGCUACUCACUCCUAUGAUUUCUGCUAGAAGUUACAGAUCCCACCACCUCUGGAUUUGGCCUACGGUGGAUAUAUUUGAUUUCAGAAGAAGGAGAUAACAAUUAGCCUGAUCUAAACUUCUCUGAUAUAUCACGUUCCCAUUAUGUUAUACAUAGCCACAAAACUAUUACGACUGUUUUCUGGAAUGGUCCGGGUCCACUCAGUUAUUUAGAGUUCGUCUCCCACUGUAAUAGUUACAGCUUAAACGGGAGCUAGGAUCUGAACCCCACCUAUAUGCCUGGCUGCCAGCUAUCAAACCCUCCGUUUUGGGCAGCAGAGGAUGCAGCAUGUGAGACAUGAAACACACACCGUGCUCUCUCGGAGAGGAUUUACUUCUCUUCAUCCUUCCUUAGUUGUCUGAGAUCCUGCUGUCAUUACGAGAGUCCUACUGUGUCUUUUUUCUCCAAGGAACACCCUGCCUCGUUCGACGUGAGUGGCAAUUAUUGUCUGUGAAGGGGAAGUAAACAAGGAAAGAAGAAGAGCAAAGGGCCUGGAGGAAGGCAGCAUGCGCAUGUCCUCUGUAAUGCACUGCAUGUACUCUGCGGCAGAAUGCAGAGCAGGCAGACGCCGUAGAAAUGCAAAGGUGUGACAUCUAGGAAACAAUCGUAAUAGGGGCACCAUUACAUAUUUUACAGGUUUCCUUCAGUUGGACCAAACCAAACCCCUGGAUCUCAAUACUUUCAGUGGUGAAAUAUUUAUGAAGCCAAAGCUGAACGUGAAUUUUGGAACAGAAAGCCAUCUCUAGUAGCAGCCUUCCUCAGACUGCAACCAAUGUGUGUUAUUAGACUUCGAGGUUACCCUCUUGGCUUAGUGCUCAGGUGACCUGGAGUAGCUGCAGAAGCAACUCGACUCAGUCCUACCCAGGAGCCCUCCUCUUUUCUUCCCCUUAAGUUAGCUGGGGGAACAAAGAGUGCUUGAUGCCAGGAUCCAAACCAUCAAGUGAUGGAUUUAAAUGACAGCACGGCCAUAGAGAAUCACAGGGGCAGUCUCUCACGGAGUUGCGGAGGGGCAGUGCGAGGAGGAGUUCCUCUUAACCCUUGGCAGUAAAAGUUUCCGUGGCUGCUCUCCACGCUUCUAGAUUCAUGCUCCCAUCUUCCUAGCAAAAGUGUUAGCAGCACUGGGCUCUUCCUGAGCAGGUGAUAGAAGCAGGUGCUUCUGGAAAUCCCACUAAGCGAAUGGAAAUCAUCCAGCUACACAGACAGCACCUGCCAAUGUACCUUUUAUGCAACAGAUUUUCCACUUCCCAGGGAUGAAAAGCCAGGUUCACUGCUUCCCUCCCUCCUCCAGGGGUUUUUCAUCACCAGAAAUACCCGAAGCCACUCAGCACAUCUGGUCUGCACUGUUCCAGGUUUUAUUUGUCCCUGGAUGUUGCAUUUGUAGCCCUCACCAACAGGCAGGCAUGGGGAUCUGACUCAGUGUUGAGUAAGGCAGUUAUUAUCCAACUGUUCUCUGUAAUACCCCCUGCUAGACAUUAUGGCUAAUGAGGGUACUCCUCCCAGCUUGGUAACGAGGAAUAGCUCCAUUUAGGAGCUAAUGGUUUAGCAUUUAGGUCUAAUGCCUCUGUGGUGACUGGGCUGAACGAGGCACAACAUCUGGUCCGUGAUGUGGAGACAUCUUUAGCAGAGCACUUGGGUCAGCCUCCAUCAGCAAAGGCCCAGUAUAUUCCUUAACAUCUAUUGCAGAAGUGCCUGGAAGACACCAGCCAUCAGAUUGGGUCCUCUGCAGGGUGGACAGCAGCACGAGGGGGGAGAUUUGGGGCCAUCCAAGGAAAAACCCAUGCAACCAGCCUGAGGAUGUUGGAGAUGGAUUUGCCCUGUUCUUUUCACCAUUGCUGCUCCCAGAGAUUCACAUCAGGCCCUGGUCACAUCCUGAUGAGUGGGAGCAGUCACUAGGAAGCCACCAAGACCUCUGAGGGCAGAACUUGGAGCUGUGCCCUUCCAACUCCCACGGCAGCUUCUGCACGCUGUGGUCUGCCCCGGGUACACAUCUUCCGCUCUUCUUCUUCUUCUUCUCAUGUCUUUGUCAUAAACUAGAUGUUUUCCAGAAUCAUGCACAAGCGAUGGCUCUUUCCAUUGCUGCAGCGAGGUCCUUCUUCAUACGGGUCUCACCAAGGAGUCAGCAAAUGAGCAUGUGCUCCAUAGGCAGCAUUUCACCGCACUCGCAUAUAUUUGUGUCCUUAGAGUACUCUCAUUUGAUCAUGUUUGUUUUUGCUCUGAGCAUUUGCGUGCAGAGGUGAUUCAGGUAUCACUGUGUUGGCCAGUCUAGAUCUACCCCUCUUGGCAGGUCCUUCUGGGGUUCCGGGUCCAUUUUGCAGCACCUGGUUGCACGUAGUUUUUCCUUCCAUAACCUCAGUCGCACCCUGUCAGCCGUUGUGUCCAAUGGCACAACACUGGUCACAAAACUCGUUCAUGUUUUAAGCCAUGUAGUCACUUAUUUGUCAUCACAGAGUGGAUGUCUGGGGUCUUCCAUCUGCCGUGAUCUUUCUCUUUGGGUCGCUAGCUUUCCUCUGAUAUCAGGUAGUGCAGUGCAGUGCCAGCCAGUAGGUACAGGCUGUCUUUUGGAGUUGGCUUUAGACAUCCUGUUAUUUCACGACAGCUGUCAUUGAGAGCUGGGUCUGUUUUCUUGGCAUGAACUGAUCGUUCCCAGACUGGACAUGCAUACUUUGGAGUGGAGUAACACAAGGCAGUAGCAGUGGUUUGUAACGGAGCUAGGUUCGCUCCCCACUUUGAGGUGACCAGCUUUUACAGUAAGGUGUUGCGGGCGCUGACUUUCCCUUUCAUCUUCUCUGCACGUGCUUUGAAUGGAAGUGUUCAGUCCAGUGUAACUCCCAAGUACACAGCGUUUGGGUGAUUAGUCAGCGGUAUUCCAGCCCAGGGGAUGUUUAAUUUCUGCUUGGCUUCUCUGUGGCAUAGGUGAAAAGCUGUGACCUGUGUCUUGGUUGGGUUGGCACGAAGCUGGCUCUUACUGUAGUCAUCCAAGAGUUGCUCAGUGCAGAUGUCAGUGGCAAAGUCCUUCUCUUGUGACGUGAUGCAUAGAUCAUCAGCAUUUAUUGAGCUCCUCGUAUUACUGUAUGGGUUGGUCAUUGGUAUAUACGUUAAAAAGGAUCAGUGCUAGCAUGCUACCCUAUGGAAGGCCGUUUCAUUGUCAUCUCCAGCAUCUCCGUUCCUUGCACACUUCUACUUAAAUAUGUCUAUUCUCCAAAGGAGAUGGGUUGAGCUGCACUAGGUGGUAGCUGUGAGUCAUACUGUAGACUUGGCAAGUGGGUUUUGUUGGUUGACUGUGUCAUAUGCUGCCGAUAGGUCUACAAAUACAGCACCUGUUAUCAUCCCUUUCGUGAAUCUUGCUUCUAUAUGCUGGGUGAUGUUUAAUAUUUGGCUAGGUCAGGACUUGCCUGGUCCAAAUCUAGUUUGUUCUGGUGUUAGAUGCUGUUCAAUGUGAGUGAAAGGUGAUGGAGAAUAGAGGUGUUGGUUGUAGCUGUGUUGGUCUAAGGACAUAAGCAGAAAAGGUUCUGUGGGUAAAUCUGAUAUCUUUUAUUAGACCAACUAAAUAGUUGAAAAUUGUUUGAUUGAGAAUAGGGCAUUUGUAAAGCAGAUACAGAUGCCACAGAAGUGACACUGGCCUAUAGUUGUCUUGGCCGGAAGCAUCCUUCCCUGGUUUGGAAGAGGUAUCACAUGGACUUGUCACCGUAACACAGGUAUUCUGAAUAAUUGUUAAAGAGGCAUAAUACCCAUAACUUGGUUGCAGGACCAACGUGUUUGAUCUGCUCCAUGCACAUGUCAUCGAGACCAGCUGCUCUGCCGUUCGUCGAGUGACUUAUUCCAGCAUCAAGUUCAUCCAUCACGAAUAUUUACCACUCUGAAGUCAGUUGGUAAAGAGAGUAAAUAUACAGGACAGGAGGCAACCUCUCCCUGCAGCAGAGUGGAGGAAUGGGCUCGCUGCAGCAGGAGGCACCCUUGCCGUUUGGCUUCAUCUUCAGUAUCUGUCGUGGCGUGGACUCCCCGUAGACCUGUGCCCACCAGACACCGAUGCACGUCCCUCCUCUGAUCUUGCUGGAUUGACUAGCAAUCCUCCCACCGAUCGUUAGGAGAUGGGCAACGUUAUACACAGUGAAUCCCCAGCCUUCUUGCCUCCUCUUUUUGGGCAUUCUCUAACUCAUUUUAAAGCAGGUUUCCCAUUUGAAAUCAAUGGUGAGAGCCCCUCAGAAAUGGAAAACCUGACUCCCUUUCUACUUAAGUUGGUGUAAACCAGGAGUAGAGCCACUGGAAUCGAUAUUGUGAGACAGCCUUGCUGUUUUGCCUCUGGGAUUUUACGCUGUUCAGAGUAGAAACUGUCUAUAAGGUACCAAGUACAUAGUAAUAGUGAUUUGUGUUGCAACAACGCCGUACAGCCCCAGUACGGAGCAGGAAACCAUUGUGUCAGGAGCUGUACAAACAGAGCAAUGAGAAUGGUCCCAUGUCACUCUCACCUUAUUCCAGAUUUAUCUUCACUGCAGUCAGUGCAGCUAACCCGGGAUAAGCACGGAGAGGUGGCAUGUUGCGUUGGGUCAGAUCUAUUCUUAAAUCUAUUCCCCAACUCGUUUGAUGAGGUUUGGAUGGCAAGGAAAGCAGCAGAAUGGUUCAGCAGAGACAAACCCAAAAUGAAUGCUCAUGUAUUCGAUUGCCUAAGAAACAAAGAGUCUUAAAAGACCAGUUUUGCUUGCUGUUGACUUGUAGACAACUUCUGUACUCUUCGUAGACUACCUGAAUCUUGUACCGCAGACAUGCUGCCCAUGCGUAGAAGGUGGCAGAGCCUCGCGUUGCUGUUUUUGCACUGUAUAUUCCCUGUGAUGUUCCCUGGGCUCCGAGCGGGCCUGGUAUCGAUUGUCAGGAACCGUGAAUCUCCUAGUUUAUUAUGUUCGGGUGUUGUUUACAAAGUGGUGUGACACGAUAAUGUGAGAAACAGGAUCGGCUCCAGAAGGAGUCGGGAAGGGUCGAAUGCACUGGACUGUUUUGCAAAGCACCGUGUGUACUCAGAGUGUCUAAAAGGGCAGUGAUUUUGCACACCUGAGAUGUCAAUCGUAAAAUCAUAGAGAAGGAAAGGACCUCCAGAGGUCAUAUAGUCCAACCCCCUGUCUCAGGCAGGAUCAUCCAUGUCCAAGCCAUCCUACACAAUCCAUGAUCUAACCUCUUCGCAACACAAGACAUAUCACCAUAAAAUGCCACCCAUAAAGCAGGGGAGCCACAGCAGGGAGGGGCCCGAAGGCAGGUACUCAGCAGCUCCUCAGUGCUGGGCCCCUUUAACGCAUCUCAAGUUUGGUCUCCAAACACUGAAGCAGGAUCACCAGUCGCACUUGUUUUUCAAACAGUGCUGGGCCUCUGUUUAGGUGAUAAAACCCACAUAAAGACCAAUCCAACCUCUGCCCUCAAGGUCUUGUAAAUCCAGAGACGCUCCCCUGACUCCAGAGGACUUCUCUGCACCUGAGAUCAGAAUCUGGCUCAAGUCAAACCGCAGCAGGAUCAAGAUCGUACAUGCUCAGCAAAUGCAUAGACUUUGCUCUUUGUACAGUAGUAGAAAUUAAAAGCAUGGCACCAGGAGACUGAUAGCGCAUUAGUACUGUUUAUUAGGACAGCAAAUUGUGCCAAAAAGAAUACACACAACAGCUAAUGAUAACAUUAUGCACAUUCAUUUAAUAGCUAAUUAAUCUCUCUGACUUUCCUAAUAUACAAAAGGAACCUGGAAUCUGUGAGAAUGACACAGCCAUUUGCAUUUAUUAUUUCCUAUAAUUGGGGAAGUGGGAGAAAUGGGAAAAAAAAACACAUCAAGUUGUUCACCUCUGCAGAUAAUAAUAAUGAGAUGAUCAUCUCCUGUAGUUUUUAAUUAGAAAUGUGGCAGUUAAUUGAUUUCUUGGGCAUGUUAAUUAAGAAAUAAUGAGGACCAGGUUGCAGCAAAAGAAGUCAGUGAGAAGUUUGAUUCCCUGGUGGAAGAGGUGUUUGUGUCGCGUGCUCCUCCAGCCGGCUGGUUGUCACCUGGAGCUCGGGAGGGCUAUGGGGGUACGAGCGUGUCCUGGACCCUGACGUACUGACUCAGAAUAUCUUUUCCAGUGGAGAAGCAGCAGGAGGGAGAAUGAGGGCAGAAGAUUUCCGUAGAGCUGCUCUUGGCCACUGUCCUGAAUGAGCAGUUUCCAGCUCCUUAGGGGCCCAAGCAGGCGCAAGCCUCGGUGUUGGCUCCGGGGGCGUCUGCAAGGCAAGUCCGCCGGUCUAGACAGAGGCCUGGACACCCAGAGCAAACCUUCUCCUUAGCCACAGGGUCUUCCCGUCUUCCUAUCCCGCUUUCCUCCGCCGGCCGCAGCCGGAGGUCAUGAGCCCACCUUGAGGCCGGUGACAAAUUCAUGUCGCCUAUCACAUACACAUCCAGCCAGAUCCCCAGCGGGUGAAAAUCAGGACGGCUCCACGAGCCCCAGCGGGACUUUGCGUGUGUGCAGCAGCUGAGACGCUGGCCCGCAGAGUUCCCGUUACAGCUACAUCGGGACUCGCAAGCAAUAACGCCAGUCGGUCACGUGGCGACAAAAUCUCGCGGCUAAGAGAGCACGCUGCAAAGUGCUAACCUGCUGCAUGCUUCAUCCAGCCCGGGCACAAAAUCGGCUUGCCUGGCAUGGGAGCUGGGCAGUCCAAGGCUAGGUAAGAGGUUGCUGCUAGUCAGCCUCGCACCUGCUGCCUGUCACAGCUUCUGGCCUCUAGUUCCCCACGCUUCCUCCCUCCAGCGAAACAACCUCGCUGGGUUCUUGUCCAUCGCAAUAGAGAUGUAGCUUCUUUGUGCUCAAUUUGAGCCGUGUCUUUGGGGACCAGGCCAGGAUCCUCGAGCUUCUCCGGCCGUCUCUUCUAUUUCUGGGCUCGUCUCCUAUUCGUAGGGCGUCUCAUUAACUAGAGCCCAGUCCCACAACUCAGGCAAAACUCCGGUUACUCAGUGGUUACUUGUCGCUUCUUGCCUGCACUUAAGAGCACGAGCGCUACAGAGCAGGGCCAGGUCCCCCCAGGAUGUAAAUUAACCUCGCUCUGUUGACUGCAUCAGAGCAAUGCCACCCACUGAGGAUUUGGUCCUGUGCUUGUCUCCCCUUUUCUGCAAAGCACGACGCACGCUUACGGUGCUAAGUGAAUAAUGAUCACCAUGCCGGUGAAGCCCGUGGGAGUUCUGCCUCAGCAAGGACUGUAGGAAGUCACUUCCAGCCCCCUCCGUCUUCCUGAUCUACUGAACCCACUUUUCCAACACAGCGUAGAAAGAUUUUAAAUAACCCAGAGCAGGUAGGGGGCACGCCCCGUUUCUGGUUUUAUGUCCGCAACACAGAAGAUAACUACACCACGGACACAACUGUACAAAACCGACCUUGUAGAGCACUGUAGAUCUCAGGGUAACAUCGAUACCACACACCAAGGUAGACGUAGCUGUCUCUUUCUUUACCCCUUUCUUUUAAAAGCUUGUGACCAAGAACUCAAGUUCUGUGACGUGCCACUCGCAGGCAUUCGGGGAGUUUCUGGGUGCUGUCGGGCAUAUUACAGGGAGAGCUUCCCCGCAGUGACGCUGAGAACAGAUCUCGUUAAACUACCACAAAACUAUUGCUAAGGGGGCAGCUGUGCCAAGGAACUAGCCUGAUUGGGAAUCACUUACUGGUGUCGUGGGUGCACAAGAAGUGAUUUCCCACGAGUCCUGACAGUGCUGGUUAUUUACAGACCCUGAAUUCUCUCUGGUUUCCUUUCAGAAAUGCCUUUUUUUUUUUUCUUCAUGUUUUGUAAAUGGUGUCCUCAUGUAACCUUAACCUGUCUGACAAAAUCGCUCUCCAGCUCCCCAGCCACUCCAGUCUGAAUGCACCUUAUAAUUGUAUUGAAUGGCAAACUGUAAACCAUAAGAAACACAGGGGUAUUACCUUUCCAAAAUGUCACUUGUCUUCCAGCCGUUAUUACGAUGUAACUUUACAAGCACAUAUACCUCUGUCAACUUCGAUCGACUUUGAAAUGCGCACAGUGUCUUUUUAACCUUCUCAAUAGAUUUAUCGAUCACAACACUUUAUGUAACACUUCUAAAUGUCUGGAAUAAAAGCGAAUGCAUUUAAAGGA